AAUCAAUGAAUUGGAACAAAGAUCAAAAGUUCUUGCUAGUAGUAUCUAUGAGAAAGGCACUCAAUGGGGGAAAGAGAUGGGAUUGGUAUAUGGGUGUCCAGUUGAAGACAUUGUUACUGGCUUGACAAUCCAGUGUAGGGGCUGGAAAUCAGUUUAUUACAAUCCAGAAAGGGAGGCUUUUCUAGGUGUUGCUCCAGCAACAUUAGACACAGGUCUUAUUCAGUUCAAGAAGUGGUCUGAAGGCAUGUUCCAGAUUUUCUUCUCAAAAUAUUGUCCCUUCAUUUAUGGACAUAAGAAGAUAAAACUGUGUGCUCAGAUGGGAUACUGUAUUUAUCUUUUAUGGGCUCCACUUUCGCUCCCUACUCUGUAUUAUGUCAUUGUACCUCCCCUUUGUCUUCUCCAGGGCAUCCCUCUCUUUCCAAAGGUUUCAAGCCCAUGGUUCAUACCCUUUGUGUAUGUGUUCCUAUCCAGGAACAUUUAUAGCAUAGUUGAAGCUUUAAGAUGCGGCAGCACUAUUAAGGCCUGGUGGAACCUGCAAAGGAUGGUGAUGAUUCGAAGAACUACUUCCUUCUUCUUUGCAUUUGUCGACACCAUCAUCAAGAAGCUAGGAUUAUCCCAGACAACAUUUGUCCUAACGGCAAAGGUGGCAGCGGAGGAUGUCUCAACGAGAUAUGAGCAACAAGUGAUGGAGUUCGGAAGCUCCUCGAUCAUGUUUACCCUCAUAGCAACACUUGCAAUGCUAAACCUCAUCAGUCUAGCUGGAGCAGCAGUUAAGACUGUUAUGCUUGUGGAGUACUUGAAGGAGAUGGAGAGGUUAAUCUCGCAAGUUGGUGUUUGUGCUUUAGUGGUUAUGUUAAAUGCUCCUGUGUUCGAAGCACUGUUCCUUAGGAAGGAUAAAGGACGCUUGCCUUUUUCUGUUCUGUUCAAAUCCGUUGUCUUUGUUUCAUUGGCAUGCCUCAUACCCGUAAGAUAGAAUAAUAACAGUUAUAAAUGUCGUUCUUAAUAAAAAUAUAGCACUCAUUGCGGAGGAGUAUGUAGUACUAUAUUUUUGAAUAAUUAUCGAUAAUAAUAAUAGUAAUGCAAU